GACUCUCCUGGCUUUAAACUUUCUAAUAACAUAAAAACAAAACUGCACGAGCUUAUUAUAAACUAUGAAAUUUGUUAUAUUAUAAAGUGCACUGCGCACAAUUAUACAACUGAGCGAAGCGACGUAUUUAAUUAAUCGUUUCUGCAACAGUGCAAGAGACAAAGACGAUUGCUAGCAAACACUACACACAGACACACACACACACGCACAUACAUGCAGGCACAGCAAACACACACACACAUUGAAACGAAAAUCACAAAAUUUUCACCAUUUACAUUGGCUAUGAAUAUGAUUUCAUAGUUGUGCGUCGAAUAAAUUACUACAUCAACUGUUUUGAGAGCAGCAACCAUAAUAAUAAUAACAACAACAAUAACAUAAUAUAAUAUAAGUGCGUUAAUAAGGGAAUCUACUCAAGCAGCGUUUGCCACACGGACAAAGAACUUGUGUAAAAAAAAAAGUGAUACCACAUACACACACAAACGCAGAAGAAAAUCUAAUUCUGAGCUGGCCAACAGCUUACCAAAUUUCCCAUAACAUAUGUGUUCAACUUUCGCAUAACAAAAACAAGCAGCAGACGAAUCAUUUGAAGCUUCGCAUUAACGAAUUGCGUGGUAGUUUACAGGCGGCCACAGCAUGACCAUAAAGCCAGUCAGUGCACCCAGUGGCAAGCGCGUGGUCGAUGCGGAUGCCACCGAGGCCCACGUCUCUGGUCAGGUAGUGGUGGAGCAAUCGGUUGUCAAUCAGGCCCAUCGCAAUGUUGUUAUCGAUGGCCAUGGCCAGAGUCCACAGCGCCGUGGGGAGGUCUACGACGAGCUGGCACGCACACAUCGCUGCAGUCCACACAAGAGCUCACGCUCGAAACGACGCGAACACCACGAGGGCCACGCUCAUCAUCACAAGCGCGAUCGCUUGGAGCGCGAAAAACUCAGCCUUAAUCACCCGACUGUAGGAGGUGGCGGCGUUGCGGGCGUCACCAGCAAAUGCAGUAGUCCACAUUCAGUGGUGGCAGCUGCCGUUGCGGCCGGGCCGGGCAAUAGCAGUCCCACGGCCGUGGGUCGCAAAUCGCCGGAACAUCUGGGCCUAGGCUGUGCCAACGUACCAAAAGCGCAGACCCAGAUCACACCGGCUGCUGCGGCGGCCAACUUGCUCAAGGCGGUCGAGGAGACAUUUUCUGGCUAUAAUAGCGGUGAUGAGCAUCUGCAGCCCAAGGAGCGCACCAUUUCGGUCGAGGAGUGGAAGAGGCGCGACGAGGAGUUUGCCAAGUGCAUGGAGAAGCGCGGCUAUGAACUGAAGCCCGUGGAGGAAGACGGCGCCUGCCUAUUUCGCUCAAUAUCUCUGCAGAUCUAUGGCGAUGAGGGCAUGCACGAUGUCAUACGUCAGCACACAAUGGACUAUAUUCAUGAGAACCGCGAGUACUUUGGUCAGUUUGUCACCGAGGACAUCAACGGCUACAUUCAACGAAAACGGGCUCGGGAUGCACACGGCAAUCACAUCGAGAUACAGGCCAUAUCAGAGAUCUACAGUCGCACCGUCGAAGUCUAUUGCUAUCAGUCGACUCCCAUCAACAUCUUCAAUUCGGAGCAAUCGCAGGCUGGUUAUCCGCCGCUGCGUUUGUCCUAUCAACGAGGCUCUCACUAUAAUGCGAUACUGGAUCCUUACAAUGCCACUGUGGGCGUCGGCUUGGGGUUGGCUGGUUACAAGCCCGAGUUUCAGACCAAGGAGGCAGUGCGUCUUAGCGAGCAGCUGGAAAUUGAACAGACAAUGUUUGAGGAUAAGCUAAAGACAACAGACUGGGAAGCUACCAACGAGGCCAUCGAGGAGCAAAUCGCUCGCGAGUCCUAUUUACAAUGGUGCCGUGAUAAUAUGCAGCGUUCGCGCAGCAGCAACACAGCCGCCACUUCGGCAACAUCUUCAACAGUGACAUCUGCCGAGGCGCUUACCGACUCUGACGCUUCACCCUCCAAAUACUCAAGCGAUGGAGGAGGAGGAGGAGGAAGCUGUGGCAGCAGUAACAACAACAGCAGCACAGCCGCCACCUUGAGCAGCUCCAGCGUCGGUGAUGGCCCAGCCUCUGGCUUUGCACUAUCGCCCAAGAGCCUAGGCCAGUUUACACACAAGCUACCGCCCGAAGUGAACGAACUGGGCGGCUAUGAGAGCGAUGCCACCGAUAUGAGCAGCACAAGCUCAGUGGGCCACUGUGGAGGCAAUGCUUCGCCCAAUACAGCGGCCGCCACACAGCGCUCCAAAAAAUUGCCCAAAUCCCAGCGUCGCAGCAACAACCUGCGCAGCAGCAAGAAACGUCGUCACGAAGUGCGUGAGGCAGGCAACAGUCUGGAAGUACACGAAACGCCGCAGCGUAAGAGUCCCAAGCGCGAUGCAGCGCCCUCAGCUGCAAGAGAGCGCACGCCGGAAGUGGAACAGCAACCAUGCACCUCCAAACAGUCGUCCCAGUCGCCACCCAAACGUGUCGAUGCUCAGUCGCCGCCAAAGCAGAGCUACUCCAGCUUCUAUCAGGAGCUGCUCGAGGCCUCCUACGCCAACGAUGGCGUCAAUGAGAACGAGAUGCUGCAGCGAGCCAUACAGAUGUCUACACGCGAUUAUAUGGAUGAUCAGAAGCGAAAAUAUUUGUGCGGCCCAUAGAUAGCCAAAGCCAAGGCUAUCUAACAGUGUUACGCGUCGGUCUUUUGUACAGUGAUUAAAUUUAUCUUUCGCAACGAAAACAAAACACAACAAAUGAACCAAAAAAAAAAAAAAAAAACUAAACACCAACAAAAGAAUGAAAGAAACACAAUACACACAUUUUGUACGACUAAUAAUAAAAAUUGAUAAGUGAGGAAGUGCCCGCAGGACUCGAAUGUCCUGGACGCCCUGCAGAUAUUGGCACACACCAUACACACACUCACAUACACACACAUGAAUACGUCAUACAUAUAUAUCUAUAUAUAUACAUAUACACACAAAAACAGAAUGUUUUGAAAUAAGAAACUGUUCGUUAUAGCAUUAAACACAGGCAGAUUUGAAUUAGUUCAAGCACAAUAUUUUUUAUAUGGCUUGACUCGAAUCUCUGCUAAUCUCUGCGAUGUAGUAGUUACCAUCCCCCUCCCCGCCCCAUCCAUAUUUUCCGCACAAUUCCUUUAACAUAUAUUUAAUUAACCUAACGUAUAUUUUGUAAUAUCUUAAGUUAAGCUGUACGCAGGCAAAGAUCAUUCAGUAUAUACAUAGAAAGAACAGCACGAACAUAUGAUAAAAAAAAUUACAUAUACAUACACAAAUUGCAUACAACUACAUGAAUAAUUAAUUAUAAUUACAAAUUAAAUAAUUAUAUUGAUUACUUGAUUGAAUAUAAUAAAUGGUGCAUAAUAAAUAUAAAUAA